AUGUGGAGACGGAAUACUGUGCGGUGUUCAUUUACGAGUCGAGGACCACAAGGUGUAGAAGGUAUUAAUUACCAAGGCUGUGUUGUGUCGGAGUGGGGUUUUUGGAGGUUUGUGGUGUUAACUUUUAAUAUCGUACAUAGGCUCUCUUAUUUUUACAUUGUGCAUAGGCUCUCUUAUUUUUACAUAGUACAUAGGCGCUCUUAUUUUUAA